AUGAAUAACAAAUUGUCGUGUUCGCUUAAAAGCGGCCGACAAGUUACAACAGUUGUAGCCUCGGUAGCGACUGAUGGAGUUGACCAACAGGUUGAAGUCAGUUAUUACGAUCAGAAGAUUGUUGGAAAUGGUUCGUUUGGUGUGGUCUUUCUAGCCAAGCUUCAAGAUACAAAUGAGAACGUGGCUAUAAAGAAAGUUCUUCAAGAUAAACGGUUCAAGAACAGAGAACUGCAAAUCAUGCGUAAACUUUCACAUCCAAAUAUUGUGAAGCUAAAAUAUUUCUUUUAUUCCGGAGGAGAAAAAAAAGAUGAGCUAUAUCUUAAUUUAAUAUUAGAAUAUGUUCCUGAGACCGUGUACAGGGUUGCCCGACACUAUUCCAAGCAAAGACAAAUUCUGCCUCUGAUUUAUGUGAAGCUCUACAUGUUCCAAUUGCUGCGAGCAUUAGCCUAUAUUCAUGGCAUCGGAAUCUGCCAUCGUGAUAUCAAACCUCAAAAUUUGCUUAUUGAUCCAGAAACGGGUGUUCUUAAGUUAUGCGAUUUUGGUUCUGCCAAAUACCUCGUUAGAGGAGAGCCUAAUGUCUCUUACAUUUGCUCCAGAUAUUACAGAGCCCCUGAACUAAUAUUUGGGGCUACGAAUUACACCAAUUCGAUCGACGUUUGGUCCGCAGGUACCGUUAUGGCUGAACUGAUGUUGGCCCAGCCAAUCUUUCCCGGAGACUCGGGAGUAGAUCAGCUAGUUGAGAUAAUCAAGGUAUUAGGAACCCCAACUAAGGAGCAAAUCCAAAACAUGAAUCCCAACUAUAAAGAGUUCAAGUUUCCUCAAAUCAAAGCUCACCCAUGGACGAGAGUAUUCCGGUCUCAAACCCCACAGGAAGCCAUUGAUCUUAUUUCUUCUAUCAUACAAUAUACUCCAAGUGCCCGUCCAACCCCACAACAGGCAUGUGAACAUCCUUUCUUCGAUGAGCUACGAAACCCUGAAACGAAACUUCCCUCAGGAAAACCGUUACCUCGACUGGAUCUGGACGUAGACCAAUCCCAAAGCGCUUCGGCGGAAGGAGAGCAAUAG